UGUCAUUCAAAUCCAGCUACAGCAAAGAGGGGCGUCUUCAAUUUACCACAAUGUUCCAUUAUCUUCAUUCAAUUACACAUUAACCGUGAAUAUAUUCGUUUAAUAGCAGUAAGUUUAAUGCAGAAUAUCGCCGUCUCGUUGGAAUAGCUUCGAUGUCGGACAACUGAGAGAAAUGUAAACAUGUUCACGUGCUGAUCAGUCACACACAUGUGACGUUAGUUUUCAUUAUGACUGUUCCAGCGUUACAGAACAGCAGUGUUUUCUACAGAAGGAUCCUCAGUCUCUUCCCACAGGACAUCAGUCUGGCAUUUGCUUAUGGAUCUGCUGUCUUCAGACAGACUGGAACCUCUCAGGGUCAGGUGGGGAAGAACAUGCUGGACUUUAUUUUCGCUGUGGAUGAUCCGGUCACAUGGCACACCAAGAACCUCAUUGAGAACAGAAAACACUACUCUCUCCUCAAGUAUCUGGGCCCUAAACAGAUCAGCAACAUCCAGAAUGACCACGGAGCUGGAAUCUACUUCAACACACUGGUACCGGCCGAUAAUCGGGUUAUAAAGUAUGGUGUGAUGAGUACGGAUACACUGAUGGAUGAUUUAUUUAAUUGGAAAACCCUCUAUGUGGCAGGCAGGCUACACAAACCUGUUCGUAUUCUGCUUCAGAAUGACAGCGGAAAACUUCGGGCCGCUCUCGUGGGAAACCUAAAAAGUGCCGUGAUCGCGUCCUUUCUGAUGCUACCUGAAAGUUUUUCAGAGGAGGACCUUUUUCUCCAGAUCGCGGGACUGUCCUACUCUGGGGAUUUUAGGAUGGUGAUCGGCGAGGAUAAAUCAAAGGUCUCCAACAUCGUAAAGGACAACAUGCCACAUUUUCGGAAGUUAUAUAACAAUAUUCUUCAAGAUUGCCCACAUGUGGUGUACAAGCCUCAACAGGGCCGACUGGAGGUUGACAAGAGUCCGGAGGGUCAGUUCACGCAGCUCAUGGCUCUUCCACGGACUCUACAACAGCAGAUCACACGUCUGGUGGAUCCACCCGGGAAGAACAGAGAUGUGGAGGAGAUCCUGCUCCAGGUGGCACAGGACCCAGACUGCGGAUCAGUCGUACAGCAUGGAAUCUCAUCAAUAGUGAAAACCUCCAGCAUAACACAAAGUGUCAAGGGAAUUGCCACAGCCGGUCUUGUCAAAACGGUGUCAUACAGUGUAAAAAAGCUGCAGAAAAUGUGGCGAGGUUGGCGCAGAAAACCAUCACAAUCCUGACAUCACCAUAGGCCAUAUGACUGUGUUAUUUACAAAUAUUUAUAAAAAACACUGUACUUUGUAACAAACCUUUGUAUGUGUGAAUUAAUGACUGAUGAGGACAUUAAAGUACAUUAUUCACACAAAAAUUAAUCAUUUACAAUGCACAAUAUUUCUAAUAAAUCAUUUUAA